GACAUCCACAGAGACAAAACUGCAAAGAUGAGCAGCUGUUCCAAGACAGAAUGGGAUCAGAAGGAGCUGAGGAUCGUCCUGCUUGGGAGUGUCAGAGCUGGGAAGAGUUAUUCAGGAAACAAAAUCCUGGGCGAUGACAACCUAUUCCCCUCAAGAAGGGAUAUGAGUGCUGUCACAAAGAGGUGCCAGAAGGAACAGGAGGUUAAAGAAAACCAAACCGUGGUUGUUGUUGAUACUCCUGGUCUGUUAAAUGCUAACAAAAAAGAAGCAGAGAUUAUGAAAGAGAUCCAGACAUCCAUCAGUCUAUGCAAACCUGGUCCUCAUGUGUUCCUGUUUGUGCUGAAUACGAGUGAAAGAUACACAGUGGAUAUGGAAGACAAGGUUAAAAGCCUUUUUGGCAAAAACGCACUGGAUUACACUAUGGUGUUGUUCAACGUUAAAGACAAUGAGUUUGACUGCAAAGAGGACUUUAUCGGUGACAAAGGCAAUCUCCAAGACCAUCUAACAAAGUAUAAGUAUGGAGAUUAUUUUUUUGACGGGAGUACUGAAAAGGUACCUGAGCUACUGACAAAGAUCAAUGAUCAAGUUAAGGAAGCAAACGGACGCCACUACACCGCUGAGAUGCUCCAAGAACAUGUGGAGCAGUUAAAAAAUGCAAAGACAGGACAACCAAAUUCCAAGAUAGCUAUUAAAACUGGUGUUUUAUGUGUUGUGUUGGUUGGAGGUCUGCUUGGGUAUCGGGCUUUUAAUGAUACGCUAACGUCUACGAUAGGCGCAAUAUUCGGAGCUAUAGGGGGCGGACUACUGUGCGUUGCAGUGGCAUGUAUAGUGAAAAGAACCAAAGAAAAGUGUGAAUGCUGCAAAACAUGAUCUGUUAUUUAACCCUCAUGUUGUCCUCAUGUUGUCCUCAUGUUGUCCUCAUGUUUUCCUCAUGUUGCCCUCAUGUUGUCCUCAUGUUGUCUUAAUGUUGCCCUCAUGUUGCCCUCAUGUUGUACUCAUGUUGUCUUCAUGUUGUCCUCAUAUUGUCUUCAUGUUGUUCUCAUGUUGCCCUCAUGUUGUCCUCAUGUUGUCCUCAUGUUGCCCUCAUGUUGUCC